AGUGAAAAGAACAGGUCCUAGCAUCUACCUUUAUGUACUUCAAUAAAUUCGGACUUAACCCCACCAACAGUAGGCCACUUUUGGUGAUGGUUUGGCAUCACAGCUCAGGUCCAAGGGUUUGUCAUCCCUGUUUUACUCCCCCUCAAUCUUUGGACCUUGGGCUGGUUCUUAAAAGAAGGGAAACUGUGCCAAGAUGCUCAAAGCUGUGUUGAGUUGCAGCAGGUACAUACCCACGUCUAGAGAACGUUGAGAAGACUACUCCUUUAGGAUGUAUUAGACUAAACCAAGACUAUAGAUAGAUAUAGAUAGAUAUACUAUAUACUGUAGAUACUAUAAGAUAUUGAUCUGCUGGACAAAACACAUAGCAUGCUGCUACUGCUUUUCACACUCUGUAGUCUGCUCAGUUGUGGUAAGUAUAAUCAUUAUUUAUAUCCCUCGAAAAUUAUCUUUCUAUGGAACCUAAUUUAAUAUCAUAUUGCUAUAAAUGUACAUGGAAUACUUACACUACGUAUUUAUUUGGACAGUGAAGUUAAAACCUUAAAUUUUGGCUCUAUACUCCAGCAUUUUGGAUUUGAGAUAAAAUGUUUCAUGAGGCAACAGUGCAGAGUGUCACCUUUUAUUUGAGGAUAUUUUCCUACAAAAUCUGUUUUACCGUUUAGAAAUGAAAAGCACUUUAUGUAUUUAGCCCCCCCCCAUUUGAAGGUGGCAUAGGUAUUUGGACAGAUUCACUUAUAUGUGCAUUAAAGUAGUCAAAAGUUUAGUAUUUGGUUCCAUAUUCAUAGCACGCAAUGAUUACUCUACAAACUUUUGGUUGUGUUUCAGAUUAUUUUGUGCCCAAUAGAAAUGAAUUGGUAAAAAAAAGUAUUGUGUGAUUUUGGAGUCACUUUUAAUGUAAAUAAGAAUAUAAUAUGUUUCUUAUCACUUCUACAUUAAUGUGGAACGCUACCAUGAUUAUGGAUAAUCCUGAAUGAAUCCGUGUAUAAUGAUGAGUGAGAAAGGUACAGAGGUAUAUAUAAUACUCAUUUGCGUAGACUACUUAAAUAACAUUGAAGAGUUGAAAUGCUAACCUCCCCUAUUAUUGGUAAUGGUGAGAGGUUAGCAUGUCUUGGGGGACGUGAUCUUUGUGCCUCUGUUACUUUCUCACUCAUCAUUAUACACGAUUCAUUCAGGAUUAUUUGUAAUCAUGGUAGCGUCCACAUUAAUGUAAAAGUUUAUGACGGAAGGAGGGCACGAUGCCCUCUCAUCCUUGGCACGAAAAAGUUGUGGAAUGUUUCCUCAUCUAACCCAAGACAAAACGGGGAUAGGGGGCUAUCACUGUAAUUCAUUACAGACACGCGACAACACUAGGAAUAGCCAUGAUAAGUUACGAUCAGUUACACUGGACUGAAGUUAGUUCUUUUUUUCUUCUUGUUGUGUAAAUAAGCAAUAAGGCAUGAGGGGGUGUUGUAUAUUGGCCAUAUACCACAAACCCCCUACGUGCCUUAUUGCUAUUAUAAACUGGUUACCAACGUAAUUAGAGCAGUAAAAAUUAAUGUUUUGACAUACCCGUGAAAUACGAUCUGAUAUACCACGGCUGUCAGCCAAUCAGCGUUCAGGGCUUGAUCCACCCAGUUUAUAAUGUUCCAUACAUCGUAUUGUAUUUGCGUUGUUAUUUUCCAUCAACUGAACUAUGAUCAGUUCAGGCCUACAGCUAAACACUCCUGUGAUUGUUGUGUUGUCAGCCUUCGGUCAGUGUGAGGAGGGAUGGAGAGCAUAUGAGGACAAGUGUUACUACUUCUCUACCAACACAAAGUCCUGGGAUGAUGCCCGCACAGACUGUGUGGGACGGGGGAGCCAUCUGAUGAGCAUCCUGGACAUUCAUGAGAGGGUGAGCUUCUGGUUUGGAGAUGCGUUCUACAGUAGUCUAGUUCAUAGCUGCUGUAUAAGGCUCUGUCCUGUAACCUCUGCUCUCUCCUGGUAGACAUGGGUGCGGACUCAGAUUGGUACAGAGAUUUUCUGGAUCGGUCUGAAUGACAUUGCUGCUGAGGGAGUGUGGGAGUGGACUGACGGGAGCACCUUCCUCCCCUACUUAGCGUACGUAGCCAUCUUAUGAUCUUAUACGAUCUGACACUAUAUUAAAAACACAUCAGCAAAAUUAUGGCUCCAUUAAAUGAACAAUCUGGUUGGGGGGGGGGGUAAUCAAGUGCUGUUAUGUGUCAGUCAUUGUCAUUGUAUCAAGUACAGUAACACCCUAUAGUAGCCUUUGUUGUGUGACGGUUGUUGAUGAUUGGUUGAUGGGCACCAUACUUCCCAGGAUAGUUGGGUAUCAAGCCCUCGUUUGACCCCAUGAUUAUUCAUAUUCACCUCUGAUGUUCUCAUGUGUGCUUGUGCACUCUACACAGAUACUGGAAACCAGGCAAUCCUGACAACUGGCAGGACAACGAGGAUUGUGGGGAGGUGGUCGGGGGAGAACAUGGACAAUGGAAUGAUGACGUCUGUGUUAACCUGCAGAAGUAUAUCUGCAAGCGCCCCAACCGUAGGUUUUAACAAGCAAAUCGACAUACCGCCGUUGCCUGUUGUCUACAAUAAUGCUUAUGGGACCUAAGGAGGUGAAUGACAUUCGUACACAUUUCACUCCUUUCCUCAGCUAAUCCUCCAACAACGUGCGACACAGCCAACGGAUGGAGCCAUUAUGGAUCCAACUGCUACAAACUACAGACAGACACCAGGAAGAGCUGGUUGGGAGCCAGAAAUGACUGUGUGAGGGACGGGGCGGACCUGGUGUCCAUCGCAUCACAGGAAGAGGAGCAGUACGUCACAGGACGACUGGACUCUUCCAUGUACGACCUCUGGCUUGGCUACACCACUCUGGUAAUCAAAACAUACAGUAUAUGAAAACUUUAACUUAAAUACAUUGACUUAACCUGACUAACAGGUUGUUACAUAAAUCUAAUUUAAUUCAUAAUCAUCAGAACAAUGUAUACGUUGAAAUUGCAUAGAAAAUUCCAUGUAGAAUAAUUAAAUAUUGGGUGGUUAAAAUUGUUGAAUUUAAUAUUUGAUUAGACAGAUUUUUAUUUGAUGUUGUUUCAAUGUUGAAAGUAAAAUGGUAUGUUUGAAUCAACGUCAUUGUUUCAAAAUCAUGCCAUCAACCUAAAUAAAGAGUUAGGACAUAUGAAUUCACAGUCCAGUAAUUCCUGCUGAAACAGUGACUCCUAUUGGUAUAUGAGAGGAAAUGCACUUCAGUGAGAAUAACUUUUAUCUGGAUGCCUCUAUGUACCCUGCUUAGCUUUGGAAACAAGCAGCGUUCCAUUCAGCUGAGCUAUCAUGUCAACACAUUCAGACAUUGAAAAGCUUCCAUACUCAUUUGCGUAGACUACUUAAAUAACAUUGAACAGUUGAAAGUAACUAACUAUUCUUACACAAGUUUUAUGCAAAAGUGCAUUUGGAGUGAGGUUGGGUUUAUGUAGGCUUAAUUGACAUCUGAUUUACUCAAAGAACACCAUCAUUUCAACGUGUAGCUAGGUAUGCUAUCAUUCAUCCCUGGUUGAUUGGAUCUUUGGAAGUUUAGUAGUAGUCACCAUUAGCCUUAUAAAUAGGAUGCCAAAUGUAUUAUAUUAAUAAUACACUUUUACCUUUGAAUAUUGUCUUGUAUAUGAAGAAUGGUUGGUUGACUUCAAAUUUAAAUCGCCAAGUUAUUAAUACAUUGUAUUCACGUUUCCAUCUCAACAUAAAAAUAUAAGUUGAAGAAUAGGACUAAAUCAAAUCAAACUUUAUUUGAAGUGCAUUUAAAGUUGAAUUGGUGCUACAUUUUACAUUCUAGUCAUUUAGCAGACGCUCUUAUCCAGAGCGACUUACAGUUAGUGAGUGCAUACAUUAUUUUUUAUUUUUCAUACCCCCCGUGGGAAUCGAACCCACAACCCUGGCGUUGCAAACGCCAUGCUCUACCAACUGAGCUACAUCCCUGCCGGCCAUUCCCUACCCUGGACGACGCUGGGCCAAUUGUGCGCCGCCCCAUGGGUCUCCCGGUCGCGGCCGGCUACCACAGAGCCUGGAUUCGAACCAGGAUCUCUAGUGGCACAGCUAGCACUGCGAUGCAGUGCCUUAUACUUUAACUUGCAUUUUUGGUUAAGAUGGAGACAUCUCAAUCAUUAAUUUGUAGACAAACUGGAUAUUGAAUUGUGAACGCAACCAAACGCCAACAUUUGAAGGAAAUGUAUCUUCUGCUUGGAUAGUAUAUAGAGCUGGGGAUUGCAAGGGACCUCACGAGACGAUAUUAUCACCAUACUUAGUUGACACUACGAUAUGUAUUGCGAUUCUCACAAUGUUACAGCCUUAUUCUAAAAUGGAUUCAAUAGAUUCUUUCCUCAUCAAUCUACAUACAAUACCCCAUAAUGACAAAAUAGGUUUUUAGACAUUUUUGCAAAUUUAUAACAAAUAAAAAACUGAAAUAUCACAUUUACAUAAGUACUCAGACCCUUUACUCAGUACUUUGUUGAAGCACCUUUGGCAGCGAUUACAGCCUCAAGUCUUCUUGGGUGUGACGCUACAAGCUUGGCACACCUGUAUUUGGGGAGUUUCUCCCAUUUUUCUCUGCAGAUCCUCUCAAGCUCUGUCAGGUUGGAAGGGGAGUGUCGCUGCACAGCCAUUUUCAGGUCUCUCCAGAGAUGUUCGAUCGGGUUCAAGUCCGGGCUCUCAGAGAAUUGUCCCGAAGCCACUCCUGCAUUGUCUUGGCUAUGUGCUUUGGGUCGUUGUCCUUUUAGAAGGUGAACCUUCGCCCCGCUCUGGAGCAGGUUUUCAUCAAGGAUCUCUCUGUACUUUGCUCCGUUCAUCUUUCCCUUGAUUCCGGCUAGUCUCCCAGUCCCUGCCGCUGAAAAACAUCCCCACAGCAUGAUGCUGCCACCACCAUGCUUCACCGUAGGGAUGGUGCCAGGUUUCCUCCAAAUCUGAAGGUUGGCAUUCAGGCCAAAGAGUUCAGUCUUGGUUUCAUCAGACCAGAGAAUCUUGUUUCUCAUGGUCUGAGAGUCCUUUAGGUGCCUUUUGGCAAACUCCAAGCGGGCUGUCAUGUGCCUUUUACUGAGGAGUGGCUGAUUGGUGGAGUGCUGCAGAGAUGGUUGUCCUUCUGGAAGGUUCUCCCAUCUCCACAGAGGAACUCUGGAGUUCUGUCAGAGUGACCAUCGGGUUCUUGGUCACCUCCCUGACCAAAGCUCUUCUCCCCCGAUUGCUCAGUUUGGCCGGGCGGCCAGCUCUAGGAAGAGUCUUGGUGGUUCCACACUUCUUCCAUUUAAGAAUGAUGGAGGCACUGUGUUCUUGGGGACCUUCAAUGCUGCAGAAAUGUUUUGGUAGCCUUCCCCAGAUCUGUGCCUCAACACAAUACUGUCUCUGAGCUCUAUGGACAAUUCCUUCGACCUCGUGGCUUGGUUUUUGCUCUGACAUGCACUGUCAACUGUGAGACCUUAUAUAGACAGGUGUGUGCCUUUCCAAAUCAUGUCCAAUCAAUUGAAUUUACCACAAUUUACCUAUUAAUAGGGCUAAUGGUGACUACUUCUAAACUUCCAAAGAUCCAAUCAACCAGGGAUGAAUGAUAUUAUACCUAGCUACACAUUGAAAGUAUGGUGUCCUUUAGGGCAAAUCACAUGUCAACGUAGCCUACAUAAACCCAACCUCACUCCAAUUUACUUUCACAUACAGCUUGUGUAAGAAUAGUUAGAGGAGUCACUUAGGUAGUCUACGCCAAUGAGUAUGGAAGCUGAUCAAUGUUGACAUGAUAGCUCAGCUCCAUCGGACACAGCUUGUUUCCAAAGCUAAGUAGGGUACAUAUUAGUCAUUUAGCAGACGCUCUUAUCCAGAGCCACUUACAGUUAGUGAGUGCAUACAUUUUUCAUACUGCCCCCCCCCCCCCCCCCCCCCGUGGGAAUCAAACCCACAACCCUGGCGUUGCAAAACGCCACGCUCUACCAACUGAGCUACAGGUAGGCAUCUGGAUGGUAGUCUCAGUCUCGCUGAAGUGCAUUACCCCUCAAAUACCAGUAGGAGUCACCGUUCAGGCAGGAGUCCUCGAACUAUGGGUACAAGUUUUAUUUCAAUGUACACUAUAUAUCCAAAAGUAUGUGGACACAUUCCUUCAAAUUAGUGGAUUCGGCUAUUUCAGCCACACCCGUUGCUGACAGCUGUAUGAAAUUGAGCACACAGCCAUGCAAUCUCUAUAGACAAUGGCUCACAUGAGUGCUGAGGCUCUUAGCGUGUAAAAAUCGUCUGUCCUCGGUUGCAACUCUCACUACCGAGUUCCAAACUGACUCUGGAAGCAACAUCAGCACAAGAACUGUUCGUCGGGAGCUUCGUGAAAUGGGUUUCCAUAGCCGAGCAGCCGCACACAAGCCUGAUCACCAUGCGCAAUGCCAAGCGUUGGCUGGAGUGGUGUAAAGUUCGCCACCAUUGGACUCUGGAGCAGUGGAAACGUGUUCUCUGGAGUGAUGAAUCAUGCUUCACUGUCUGAUGGAUGAAUCUGGCUUUGGCAGAUGCCACAGAACCCUGAAUGCAUAGUGCCAACUGUAAAGAUUGGUGGAGGAGGAAUAAUGGUGUGGGGCUGUUUUUCAUGGUUCCAGUGAAGGGAAAUCUUAAUAAUAUAAUAUAAUAUGCCAUUUAGCAGACGCUUUUAUCCAAAGCGACUUACAGUCACGUGUGCAUACAUUUUUACGUAUGGGUGGUCCCGGGGAUCGAACCCACUACCCUGGCGUUACAAGCACUGUGCUCUACCAAUUGAGCUACAGAGGACCACAUGCUGCACCAUACAAUGACAUUCUAGAUGAUUCUGUGCUUCCAAAUUUGUGGCAACAGUUUGGGGAUGGCCCUUUCCUGUUCCAGCAUGACAAUGCCAGUGUGCAAAGCCAGGUCCAUACAGAAAUAGUUUUUUGAGGUUGAUUCAAACAUAUCAUUUUACUAUCAACAUUGAAACAAGGUCAAAUAACAUAUGUCUAAUGAAAUAUAAAAUUCUACAUAAUUUCUACAACCCAAUAUAUAAGUAUAUUGAAUAUAGAAGGACAACUAUUUGUUCUGUUUCUAUGUGGACUUUUCAACGCAAUUUCAACGUAUACAUAGUUCUGAUGAUUACGUUGGAAUUAGAUCGAUGUAACAACCUGUUAGUCAGGUUAAGUCAAUGUAUUUAAGUUAAAAUUUUACCCUAAUCAAUUGAUUACAACGCUGGUUGAAAUUAGAUGAAAACAGUAUAGGUUGAUUUCUUUUCUUAAAUACAAUGUAUUUUCCACGUUUUCCACAAUACAUAGACGAAUUAAGUAGAAACAACAUUGAUCCAACCAGUGUGUACUAGCUACAUGUAAUUAUAUAACUUAACCCUGGUAUAAUGAGUUAUCAUUUUUGUUUUUUCACAGAAAUGCACAACAAUAUCAUGUCAGGUUGAAAUUAACAGCGUUCAGUUCAGCUGGUCUGAUGCUUCUACAGGGGCCUACAUCAACUGGGGAACCGAUCCUCAUCAGCCAGAUCUCAGGUAGGACAGGACAUGUUGGGUGCCAGAUCUAUAUGAUCAACUGUAUCACAGUGAUUGUGCAGGGUUGAUUCUAGCUUCGCAGUCAAAAAUACCUUCUCUCUCUCCGACAGUGAAAAGGAGAACGGGAUUUGUGUCGCAGUGAUCAAGGAGGCGGGACAGGACUUUGGGAAGUGGAAGUCCCAUAUAUGCCGUCAUGAGCGCCCUUACAUGUGCAAAAGAGCACUCAACAGUAAGCUCAGAUCUUCAGAAAUCAUUACUGGAUAGAUAACCAUGUGAAUGAUGUGGUAUUAGCUCAAAUUACUGUGACAUGACUUAAUACAUGGCCAAUUAUUAUAUGGUUUGAUAUGGUCUUCAGAAGGCAAUUGAACACCGUGCAACAAUGCAGAUACAUGUGCCAACUGCUCAAUAGAACUCCGUGGCGUCAACUGACAAGCUAACUAGUGGCUGCAGGCUCCUGAGUGAAAACAUGGGCUUUUUCUAAAUGAAAUCCACUCAAGACAAAACUAAACGGGGACUAAAUGUAUAUUUAUUUACAAAGCUAAAAGACUGAAUUUCAAUAUCCAUCCUCCGCGAAGACAAUCUGCUCCUGUUUUCAUUGUGUCUUUCCCUUUAAAUCGCCAUAGAAACGGCCUCUCUCAACGUAGAUUGAUCGUGGUUAUAUCCAAUGAAAGCCAAGGAUAUGUAGGUGAAAAUGACGAAGAUAUCAAGUUGAUUUUUGAUUUGUCCAACAAGCGGAAACACCUCCAAAUGGUACCACCUCACAACACCAAAUAUGGAAGAGAUACAACCAAGAGCGGCACAGUCUAAACUAGCAACGAUCGCAGCAAAUUCAUGUUCUUAUUUCAUCAACACUGUCAAGUACAAGGUUACAAUAUUGUAGAGAACAAUCGAAUGAUUAAUUAUAUGUAAUUUAUAAUAAAAUAGGGCAAGGAAAACAACGUUUUGACAUUGAUUUCGUAGCACCCUCUUGAAUUGCCCCGUUUUUCUCUACGUUGUAACAGCAGUGAGUGAACACCCUAUACUCUGUUGUAUUUCCCUCUGAAAAGCCAUUUGCCCUCCCGGUUGGAUCAGUUUCAGUGGGAGCUGUUACUGGGUGGUCAGCAACAAGAUGCUCCUGACCAGCUGGCAUGAGGCUCAACAGAAGUGUUCAAGUGAGGGGGCUAACCUGGUGACAAUUAAGACGUAAGAAACAACACGAUUUACUGAACACAAUGAUUGAUAAGGAAAAUGAAAACAUGUUCUAAUUCGUAUCACUUGUUGUUUUAGUCAAGAGGAGCAAUACUUCAUCAACACUCAUCUGCCUGAACUUAAUCAAGGGGAAGUGCCUGAUAUGUGGAUUGGUGUUGCAGGUAUAUCAGACCUACAGAUUUAACCCAAUAGCUUUAUUUGGCCAAUAUCUUAUGAGCUUUUCACUGUAAUCUGUGACACUUGACCGAUGUGGGCUUGACGAGCACUGCUGGUUGCGUCGUUGUAAAGAGAGACUGCAGAAUAUUUACUAAAACUCACAUUUUAAGUCAAUGAAAAGGCCAAGUCUACAAUUUCCUGAUUUGUGAUGUCACUAGAUCAGGACCAGGAUGGUACAUUCAGAUGGGUGGACAAAACAGAUAUUAUGUUCUCCAAUUGGAAACCUAACUUUCCCAAGAACACAGCAAACCUCUGGGACUGUGGUCAAAUCUACACCGGUAAGGGCAUGUGGUCUGUACUACAUGAAUCACUUAAUCCAUCAACAAACUCUGGAUCAUAGAGGAGGAAAGGUACAGAACUUUGUUCUAUUGUUUUUUGCCUUACAGGAGAUUUCUCUGGAAAAUGGGAAACAACCAACUGCUUCAAAAACCUGGGAUACAUUUGUAAAAUGGUGGGGGGUCAAAAUGUUAAGCCUACGUCUGUUCCAGGUUAGUGGCUGACAACUGGAAGCCCUUUGUUUGUAUUCCUAUAAAUCAUGUCAAUGCAAACUAAUACGUUCUUUAUUCUAUCAAUAUAUCGUUUGACAUAUAACAUAAUACUUUGCAUUGUUUUGGUGUAGAUUCUCAUUGUGAUGCUGGAUAUCUUCUCUAUGGAGACUACUGCUAUCACUUUGAGACUGAAAUGGUGAAAAAAUGGCAAGAUGCGGAGAGUUACUGUGCCAAUCAAAAUGGCCACCUGGCAAGUUUUCAUACUCAAGAGGAACUGAGCUUCAUAACUAGUGAGUGGUUGACAAAAUGUAACAAAACAACAACAAAAAACAUCUAUAUGUUGAACAAAUAGAAGAUAGUAUUUUUUUCCCCCCUUAAAAAUAUUAUAUUCCAUUGGAAAUGUUAUUUUGCAGCUCAUAUGCCCGGCCCAUCCUGGGUUGGUCUUAGUGACAUUACGACAGAAGGAGUGUGGGUCUGGACUGAUGGGACUCCAUCCGUGAGUGACAAAUAUUCCAUUGAUUAAAAGUUUGUGGGCCAAAUUGUUGAUGGUAUACACAUUUGAGAUUUAAAUUAACAUUCACUUUGGCUUCACUCUCUCUUCCAGGACUUUCUACCAUGGGCGCCCAACCAGCCUGACAACUGGCAGGGCAAUGAGGAUUGUUCCAAUAUUCGGGGAUUCAACCACCAUGAAGCUGGGCUACUCAACGAUGAGUUCUGUACAAUGACAUUAGAAUUUGUCUGCAGAAAAGGUCUGAUUUGUCAUUUCACCAUUUUCCAUUACUAAAUGUUAUUUGUAAAAAAUAUAUAUACAGUGUAUUUGGAAAGUAUUCAGACCCCUUGACUUUUUCCACAUUUUGUUACGUUACAGCCUUAUUCUAAAAUGUAUUAAAUUGUUUUUUUCCCUCAUCAAUCUACACACCAUACCUCAUGAUGACAAAGCAAAAACAGAAAUAUCACAUUUACAUAAGUAUUCAGACCCUUUACUCAGUACUUUGUUGAAGCACCUUUGGCAGCGAUUACAGCCUCGAGUUUCAUUGGGUAUGACUCUACAAGCUUGGCACACCUGUAUUUGGGGAGUUUCACCUAUUCUUCUCUGCAGAUCCUUUCAAGCUCUGUCAGGUUGGAUGGGGAGCGUUGCUGCACAGCUAUUUUCAGGUGUCUCCAGAGAUGUUAGAUCGGGUUGAAGUCCGGGCUCUGGCUGGGCCACUAAAGAACAUUCAGAGACUUGUCCCGAAGCCACUCCUGCGUUGUCUUGGCUGUGUGCUUAGGGUUGUUUUCCUGUUGCAAGGUGAACCUUCGCCCCAGUUUGAGGUCCUGAGCACUCUGGAGCAGGUUUUCAUCAAGGAUCUCUCUGUAUUUUGCUCCGUUCAUCUUUGCCUCAAUCCUGACAAGUCUCCCAGUCCAUGCCGCUGAAAAACAUCCCCACAGCAUGAUGCUGUUACCUCCAUGCUUCACUGUAGGGAUGAUGCCAGGUUUCCUCCAGACGUGACUUUUGCAAUCAGGCAAAAUAUUUCAAUCUUGGUUUCAUCAGACCAGAGAAACUUGUUUCUCAUGGUCUGAGAGUCUUUAGGGGCCUUUUGGCAAACUCCAAACGGGCUGUCAUGUGCCUUUUACUGAGGAGUGGCUUCCGUCUGGCCACUACCAUAAAGGCCUGAUUGGUGGAGUGCUGCAGAGAUGGUUGUCCUUCUGGAAGGUUCUCCCAUCUCCACAGAGUAACUCUAGCGCUCUGUCAGAGUGACCAUUGGGUUCUUGGUCACCUCCCUCCCUAGGCCCUUCUCCCACGAUUGCUCAGUUUGGCCAGGCGGCCAGCUCUAGGAAGAGUCUUGGUGGUUCCAAACUUCUUCCAUUUAAGAAUGAUGGAGGCCACUGUGUUCUUGGGUACCUUUCAAUGCUGCAGAAAUGUUUUGGUACUCUUCCCCAGAUCUGUGCCUCGACACAAUCCUGUCUCGGAGCUCUACAGAAAAUGUAUUCGACCUCAUGGCUUGGUUUUUGCGCUGACAUGCACUGUUAACUGUGGGACCUUUAUAUAGACAGGUGUGUGCCUUUCCAAAUCAUGUCCAAUCAAUUGAAUUUACCACAGGUGGACUCCAAUCAAGUUGUAGAAACAUCUCAAGGAUGAUCAAUGGAAACAGGAUUUACCUGAGCUCAAUUUUGAGUCUCAUAGCAAAGGGUCUGAAUACUUAUGUAAAUAAGGUAUUUUUGUUUUUUAUUUUUUAUAAUUUUGCAAAAAAAUCUAAUAGCCUGUUUUCACUUUGUCAUUAUGGGGAAUUGUGUGUAGAUUGAUGAGGACUGUUUAUUUAAUCAAUUUUAGAAUAUGUCUGUAACGUAACAAAACUUGGAAAAAGUCAAGGGGUCUGAAUACUUUCCGAAGGCACUAUUCAAAAGUAAAUUACCACAGAAUGUAAAUAAUACACUGCUCAAAAAAAUAAAGGGAACACUUAAACAACACAAUGUAACUCCAAGUCAAUCACACUUCUGUGAAAUCAAACUAUCCACUUAGGAAGCAACACUGAUUGACAAUACAUUUCACAUGCUGUUGUGCAAAUGGAAUAGACAACAGGUGGAAAUUAUAGGCAAUUAGCAAGACACCCCCAAUAAAGAAGUGGUUCUGCAGGUGGUGACCACAGACCACUUCUCAGUUCCUAUGCUUCCUGGCUGAUGUUUUGGUCACUUUUGAAUGCUGGCGGUGCUUUCACUCUAGUGGUAGCAUGAGACGGAGUCUACAACCCACACAAGUGGCUCAGGUAGUGCAGCUCAUCCAGGAUGGCACAUCAAUGCGAGCUGUGGCAAGAAGGUUUGAUGUGUCUGUCAGCGUAGUGUCCAGAGCAUGGAGGCGCUACCAGGAGACAGGCCAGUACAUCAGGAGACAUGGAGGAGGCCGUAGGAGGGCAACAACCCAGCAGCAGGACUGCUACCUCCGCCUUUGUGCAAGGAGGAGCAGGAGGAGCACUGCCAGAGCCCUGCAAAAUGACCUCCAGCAGGCCACAAAUGUGCAUGUGUCUGCUCAAACGGUCAGAAACAGACUCCAUGAGGGUGGUAUGAGGGCCCGACGUCCACAGGUGGGCGUUGUGCUUACAGCCCAACACCGUGUAGGACGUUUGGCAUUUGCCAGAGAACACCAAGAUUGGCAAAUUCGCCACUGGCGCCCUGUGCUCUUCACAGAUGAAAGCAGGUUCACACUGAGCACAUGUGACAGACGUGACAGAGUCUGGAGACGCCGUGGAGAACGUUCUGCUGCCUGCAACAUCCUCCAGCAUGACCGGUUUGGUGGUGGGUCAGUCAUGGUGUGGGGUGGCAUUUCUAUGGGAGGCCGCACAGCCCUCCAUGUGCUCGCCAGAGGUAGCCUGACUGCCAUUAGGUACCAAGAUGAGAUCCUCAGACCCCUUGUGAGACCAUAUACUGGUGCGGUUGGCCCUGGGUUCCUCCUAAUGCAAGACAAUGCUAGACCUCAUGUGGCUGGAGUGUGUCAGCAGUUCCUGCAAGAGCAAGGCAUUGAUGCUAUGGACUGGCCCGCCCGUUCCCCAGACCUGAAUCCAAUUGAGCACAUCUGGGACAUCAUGUCUCGCUCCAUCCACCAACGCCACGUUGCACCACAGACUGUCCAGGAGUUGGCGGAUGCUUUAGUCCAGGUCUGGGAGGAGAUCCCUCAGGAGACCAUCCGCCACCUCAUCAGGAGCAUGCCCAGGCGUUGUAGGGAGGUCAUACAGGCACGUGGAGGCCACACACACUACUGAGCCUCAUUUUGACUUGUUUUAAGGACAUUACAUCAAAGUUGGAUCAGCCUGUAGUGUGGUUUUCCACUUUAAUUUUGAGGGUGUCUCCAAAUCCAGACCUCCAUGGGUUGAUACAUUUGAUUUCCAUUGAUAAUUUUUGUGUGAUUUUGUUGUCAGCACAUUCAACUAUGUUAAGAAAAAAGUAUUUAAUAAGAUUAUUUCAUUCAUUCAGAUCUAGGAUGUGUUGUUUAAGUGUUCCCUUAAUUUUUUUGAGCAGUGUAUAAAAGUAUCAACUGUCUUUCUAAUCCUCAGCAAAAGGUCAAGGACCCCCACCCAGACCUCCCACAUCGGGGCCAGGUAAGUUUACCAUUCUUUACCUCCUAAAAAUCUCUCACUUGCAAUUUCCAACAAGAAAUCAGUUUGACUGUUGGCCAUUUUAACCACACACAUUUAUUUUUGUGCAGUUAAAAUGCAACAAACAGGUAAAAAAAAUUUCAGAGUGUGGUGUAAGACAGGGCUGUAGUCUAAGCCCUAUUCCAAAAUAUAUAAUCUGAUUUUUUCCAUCCUGCAGAUUGGAAUGAGAAGUGUGGCUCUUGGAUGUCAGACCCGUUCAAUGACUACUGCUACCUGUUUAACUACCUGUCCAUGAGGAAAUGGGCUGAUGCACGUGCUGACUGUGUGAACCAGGGAGGGGACCUUCUCAGCAUCACCGAGCCCUUUGAACAGGCCUUCAUUCAAUGUACAGUUGUGUUAAAAAGUGCUAUAAACAUUUUCAGUAAAAAUAAUAUACUAUAACAAUAUUGUCUAUUCACAACAGCAAUUCAAAUGAGUAGUAUUCUGAUGUGUUGUGUUCAUGAACAGCUCAGGUCCAGCUGAUUCCUACGGGGGUGUCCAUGUGGAUGGGGGGACAUGACUCCAUUACAGAGGGGGGCUGGGAGUGGACUGAUGGCUCUCCUUUCAGAUACAUCCACUGGAACUCAGGUAAUAGUCCUAAUGCUUUCAGAUACAUCCACUGGAACUCAGGUAAUAGUCCUAAUGCUUUCAGAUACAUCCACUGGAACUCAGGUAAUAGUCCUAAUGCUUUCAGAUACAUCCACUGGAACUCAGGUAAUAGUCCUAAUGCUUUCAGAUACAUCCACUGGAACUCAGGUAAUAGUCCUAAUGCUUUCAGAUACAUCCACUGGAACUCAGGUAAUAGUCCUAAUGCUUUCAGAUACAUCAAAUCAAUUCAAAUUGUAUUUAUCACAUGCACCGAAUACAACAGGUGUAGAUCUUACCAUGAAAUGCUUACUUACAAGCCCUUAACCAACAAUGCCAUUUUAAGAAAGAUAAGAGUUAAGAAAAUAUUUACUAAAUAAACUAAAGUUUAAAAAAAGUAACACAAUAAAAUAACAAUAACGAGACUAUAUAUACAAGGGGUACCAGUACCAAGUCAAUGUGCGGGGGUACAGGUUAGUCGAGGUAAUAUGUACAGUAUUAGUCAAAAGUUUGGACACACCUACUCAUUCAAGGGUUUUUCUUUAUUUUUACUAUUUUCUACAUUUUAGAAUAAUAGUGAAGACAUCAAAACUAUGAAAUAACACAUAUGGAAUCAUGUAGUAACCAAAAAAAGUGUUAAACAAAUCAAAUAUAUUUAGAAGUAGCCAUCCUUUGCCUUGAUGACAGCUUUGCACACUCUUGGCAUUCUCUCAACCAGCUUCACCUGGAAUGCUUUUCCGACAGUCUUGAAGGAGACUGUACAUGUAGGUAGGGUUAAAGUGACUAUGCAUAGAUAAUAAACAGCGAAUAGCAGCAGCGUAAAAAAAAAGGGGGGGGGGGGGGUCAAUGUAAAUAGUCUGGGUAGCCAUUUGAUUAGCUGUUCAGCAGUCUUAUUGCUUGGGACGCUUAUUCACUUAUGGCUUAUCCUCUAGAACGCAGGUAAUGUUUCUUUUUUUUGGAUGUUUUUUCCAUGUAUUUUAGAGGAGUGACUUCCCCAAGUGGCGAUGUGGUACAAAUACAAAGCAUCACAUUUCUCUACCUCCUCUUUGCCUCACUCAGGCAACCCAGACGACUAUGAAGGAGAGGAUUGCCUUUCCAUGCUCAUCAACACCGGCUACUGGAACGAUGACAACUGUGACUACAAUAGAGGAUACAUAUGCAAGCGCAGAGGUAACCUGGUCCUGUACAAAUGGUUGUGUCUUUUGAAAAUGUUAAAAUGUUGUUUUUUUUUUAAACCCUACUUCCCUGGUUUCUUUCAGGAAACACACCAGUUUCUCCUCCACCCCACGAUGGUAAGAUAAAUGAACCCUGCUCUUAUAGACAAAGUAUAAACUGUGGACUAUUGAUGCACAUGUUUACUGUUGCCCUUUUAAAAUCUGAUUUAAGAGUGUGGAGACUCCUUUUUCACUAUCUUUGAAACCUGUUGAUCAUGUUUGUACGGGUGGUGAUCUCCUGUAGGGUUUGAAACUGCUUACAUCUGUGAGGACUCCAGUGCUGUCCUCCACUGUGACACCAACAGCUCUAUCAACAUCCAGUCAGCUUUCUUUGGCCGCAAGAGUGACAAGAUCUGCCCCCAUCAGGAAGGAGCUUCAGGUACAGGGUAGAGCAAAUGCCUCUGCCACUGAAGAGCUACUACUGUCGCUGUAACCAGUCAUCUAUUGGUAUGUGUUGGGGUGUAAUACAGUGCUUCAGACGGACAUAUUACUAACACGUUGGUUAUACCUAUCAGGAACAUGCACUGUAGAUGGCAUCCUGCCUUUGGUACGAAAGGCGUGUGAAGGCCGACCCUUCUGCUUCUUGUAUGCCCAUGCUGAAACUGACCCCUGCCCUUCCAUCUCCAAAUAUCUGGAAGUAGUGUACAGCUGUGAGCAACAUGGUAGGUUGAAACCAUCCCUAACCCUAACCAGACUCCCUGUCCAUACUCCCAAUUCCUCAAUACCCAACCUCCAAAACUUGAACAGUACCUCUACUGUUUUUAACCAUUGUCUCUCUGCAGUUAUUCACGUGCCGGAUACCUCUUGUGGUCUGACUUUCAUGGUGCUGGUGUUUUUGAUCUUUUAGUGUGUCUGAAAAGCCUGGGUCUGGCCCAGGGUGGUACCGUCCCAGACGCAGGAUUCUCUGCCUCUUCCUCAAUUGGUUCUAGCAAUGGUCCUAGCAAUGGUCGCCUGAAUAGUAACUCCUGCUGGAAAACCUCAAGCCCCGGUAAGUUAACCCCUAACAACACUUUUCAAAAUUUCUCACAAUUCUCAAAUCAAUUCUCAUUACUUUUUUUUUGGUGAAGGCAGUUCAUUUUGUUCCUCUUCUGACAUCACCACAGUAAACUCCUGGAUCCAGGUGAACCUAGGCGAAACCAAAAAGGUCACAGGGGUCGUGAUCCAAGGGUGUAAAGAUGCAGAUCACUGGGUGACUAAAUUCAAGAUCCAGCACAGUGUGGAUGGAAGCCAAUGGACUGACUACGUAGACGACGGAGGGGUAAAAAUCACAUCAAACACACAGGGCCGGUUUCCCAGACACAGAUUAAGCAAAGUUCAGGACUAAAGACCACUUUCAAUCGAGAUCUCCAUGGAACAUAUUUUUUAAGUCCAGGACUAUACUUUAUCCAAUGUUCCUGUAUUUCAUCCACUGUCCUAUGGUGGUCUGGAUUAUAAACUCCAGCCUCAUCGUUGCACUUUGCCCUUCCUGUUUGUCCAGCAAUUCCCAGGCUCAACGGACAGGAACACGCCAGAGACCUACAUCAUGGGGACUCCUGUCUCUGCCCAGUAUGUCAGGAUUCUUCCCCAGGAAUUCAACGGACAGGCUGGACUUCGCUUUGACAUCCUGGGAUGUACACCUGACUGUAGGCAAAACUCGGCUAUCUUUUUUUCCCUAUUGUGAAUUUUUUUGUGUCCACUCAGCAUACUGACAAAGAGGAGUUUACUUUUCGCAGAUGCUGUGACCUGUAGUGCAAAGCCCAACUUUGACUUUGCCAGUGACCGUAGGACGUAAGUCAAGACUCAUUUUGAAUUAUAGUUUUAAUUUCGGGAAUAGAGUAUUGCUUAGACUGCUGCCAUGUUAUUAUUCCAUAACUGAGAAGAGAAAUCUGCUAGAUUCCUCCAGGCUAAAGUCUAUGCCUUACCCUAUUCCAAAAAUGUAUAUGCUUAGAUAUUGUCUGAUUUGCAGUUCUGUAUGGAUUAAUAUCUUCCAUGGGGGGGGCACCACAGAACCUGACAGGAUAUACACACACACAAAACACAACAAAAAAAAGGGCCUUUUAUGUCUACAACUAUUUCUGCUAUCUUUAUGAGUAUUAUUUGCGUGCAUCUUUCAGUGUCCACUGCCCAGCAGGAUGCGCACGGAAGACAUACACUGUGUACGGGUCAACAAAAUAUAGAGGGGUGAGUGAAUAAAAAAUUGGUUUAACCAUUUACUACUACCACUGCUUCAACACACGGUUUGUAGAUGUGACGAUAUUGGGUGUAUGUUCAUGUUUAUUUGCAUAACAUGAAUCUGUGUACCAGGACUCCCACAUUUGUGCAGCUGCGAUCCAUGCCGGAGUAAUCCUGAAUGAUAUUGGAGGAGACUGUACUAUGUUGAAGGAACCGGGCCAGAACUUCUACAGCGGCUCCACCAAGAACGGCAUCACCUCCAGGCAGUUAGUGUCUCAUUACUGCAUGACAGUGCACUGUCUACACUUCUUUAAUUAAUUAAUUAAUUAAUAAGAACCUAACCAUGCAGCCAAUACCAACAUAGUACCCUUUGACCUUCAACAGGUAUGAUGGGAACUAUCAAAUAUCAUACCAGUUUGCAGAUGGAGGUACGUCAGACUACACAAACAAACAGAACAUGCUCAGACGUCAAAUCAAGUCGCCAAAGGACACUAAUAUGACUUCAAUGUGAUUGAAUGUGCUGUAGGCUACUUAACUUAACUUUGAUUCCUCUGCAGAGUUGAGAUGCUCGGGGCCUGACUGGUAUGAAUUUGGGGAAUUCUGCUACAAGCCCUACGGAGAUAAAAAGACAUGGCAUGCAGCCCGUGGCGAGUGCAGGAAGCUGGGAGCUGACCUGGUGUCCAUUCAGUCCAUGACGGAACAGAGCUGGCUGGAGAGCUACCUUUACAUGGGUAAGAGUCCACAGGGUCCGUAUGGGGAAGUAUUGGGGGGGGGGGGACAUGAACACUACUUGCUGUUGGAAAGCUGACUUCUUCUUUUGAUUCCGUCUUCCUUGCAGCCACCAAUGAUGUGUGGAUUGGGCUGAAUGAUUUGGGCUUCUCAGGCCUGUUCUCUUGGUCAGACAACCACUGGGUCACUUUCACCUACUGGGCACCAGGAGAACCCAACAACCAUCAAGGCUUCAAUGAGGACUGCGUGGAGAUGUUUUAUCAGGUAACACGGUUAGCUUGGGCUCACAUGCUUAACUCUUAACAAUUACCCCCCCCCCCCCUACUCUUAACCUUACUGUUGUCAUCACUUUAACCUGACACUUGUGUCCAACCAAAAGUGUCCUGUUCCUUUCAUUGCAGACUGGUAGAUGGAAUGAUGUCCCCUGCACGGAACUGAACACUUAUAUAUGCAAGAUGCCCAAAGCACACUACCCGCUUCCCUCCGUCAUGCCCACGGUGUACGGAUGCCCACAGGUGAGUGGUUGUCCUGUUGCACCUGCACCUGCCUGUAGUAGCUAUCCCUCUGCAGCACCACAUCAGUGUUUGUGUGGUGUGCCAUAGGGCUGGGAUGCCUAUGGUUAUUCCUGUUACUGGAUGGAAGAGACCGCCAGAACCUGGUCAGACGCCAAGGCCUUCUGCGAGCAGCAGAACAGCAAACUUCUGCACAUUGGGGACAUGUGAGUGUGAUUCUACCUCAGCAUCUCACAAGAUGUCUUUGUAUAUGUUAUGGCAGAUACAGAUCAUCAGUCUGGUGUACUUCGAUCUGUUGGAAACCGGCCGGUGCAUUUUUUUGAUCCAAAGGGGCAUCACAUUCAAGACAAACAAACCCCCUUGGAAUCUCGGCAUGCCUCAGGAUGUCUUUAUAUGUCUAUAAUGCUGGUCUUUGAUUGGUGUUGAAUAAUAUCUGUGAUGUCUUUUCCAGUUAUGAACAGUCCCACUUCACGGUGAAGCUGGCUGGAUACACUGGUUUGUGGUGGAUUGGACUGAGGGCAGGGGGUGAUUCAGGAGGGGUGGAUUACAUUUGGGAUAAUGGAGCACCUCUCACCUUCACACACUGGGAUCGAAACCAGCCAGGUAGAGUCAUGUUACACCAAUUAACGAAUCUGAAAUAUUUUAAUGUUAGUAUAUCGGUUGAAUUGUUUACAAUUGUCGUUGUGGUCCUCCAGAUAACCACGUGGGAACCUGCGUUGGCAUGACUACGGGCCCUACUGGUGGGUUCUGGGAUGACAAGCAAUGCACUGAGGCAUUCCCAUUCGUGUGUGAGACACCAAGGCCUGACAUCACACCGCCCACUAAACCUCCAACUCCUCCCCCUUCACCGGACUGUGCGGACGGUUGGACGGCUGAGCGACACUUCAGGAACUGCUACAGGGUAAAGAUACAUACUAGCUUCAUUUCAACUGAUACACUGUAAAGAUACAGACUAGCUUCAUCUGAAGUGAUACACUGUAAAUAUACAUACUAGCUUCAUCUAAACUGAUACACUGUAAAGAUACAGACUAGCUUCAUCUGAACUGAUACACUGUAAAGACACAGACUAGCUUCAUCUGAACUGAUACACUGUAAAGAUACAGACUAGCUUCAUCUGAACUGAUACACUGUAAAGAUACAGACUAGCUUCAUCUGAACUGAUACACUGUAAAGAUACAGACUAGCUUCAUCUGAACUGAUACACUGUAAAGACACAGACUAGCUUCAUCUGAACUGAUACAGGGUAAAGACACACUAUCUUUAUGUGAACUGAUAAUCAUUAAAGACACAGACUAGCUUCCUCUGAACUGCUGAACUAGUACAGGGUAAAGAGCCUCAACACUAUAUGAACUGAUACUUGGUAGAGAAACAUAGCAUUAUCUGAAGUGCUACAGGGUAAAUCUCAAAAUGUUUGUUGUAGCUCUUCACGGUGGAUUUCUCCAAGAAGAAGAGUUGGUCUGCAGCCCGUGAGGACUGUACGUCCAGGGGGGCAGACCUUGUCAGUAUCCAUAGCAUGGAGGAAGAGAACUUCCUGUCCACGCACACCAAGGGGAAGUCCAUGUGGAUCGGGCUGAAACACAACCCUACAGAUGGAGGUUACCACUGGAGUGACGCUACUCCUGUGAGCCACACCAACUGGGGACAUGGGGAGCCCAACAACCAUGAGGGUCGUGAGGACUGUGUAGAGAUGGUGAGCAACACAAAUGGAACGUCGUCUUGGUGGAACGAUCUCAACUGUGAUGCCCAUCAGGACUGGAUCUGCAUGAUCUCCAAGGUGAAGAAGCCCAUCGUGCCUCCAGUGCCCCCUCCUCCUGUUCCAGGUAACCAGCUUAGUGCACCUCUGAUCACACUGUUAAACCAUAAGAUAGCACCGUAGGUUUCAUGAUCAUUGAUUUGUUCCAGAAGUUUCAAUGAGCUGUACGUCCCUGAGAAAUGGCUUGUAUCUCCCCCCAGCACCUGACUGCGGUACCAACGCUGGCUGGAGGAAGAACAAUGGCAUCUGCUAUUACUAUAACGAUACCGACAUAGUGGACUUCUACCAAGCCAUGUCCCGCUGCUACGCUGAGAAGGCCCAUCUGGUCUCCAUCUUAAACAAAGACGAACAGGCGUACAUCAACACAAUGGUGCGAUAUGCUUGUCCAAGCAGACCUCUCGAAAACCGAUACAUCUAAUGCAGCUUUAACUUAGCUUAACUUUUGUUAAGUUUAUCGGGUUGGGUGUAGGAGGAGUUACAAAAUCUCAAUGGUCGGCUCCUCUCAGUAACGUGUCUUGGACAUUGCAGAUUGGGACGGGAAAGGCCGAAUCAUCGUGGAUUGGAAUGCUGGUGUUUGGGAUCGCAGCAGACCAAUACCAGUAUGUAUUUUUUUUUGUAUUGAUACUACCCAUGCUGUUGCAUAAUAUGGUGUGGGAUAUUGUCAAGACUGCUCACCACCUAUCUCUGUUCCCCUACACAGGUGGGUGGACUGGUCCCCUGUCACAUAUGUUUUCUGGGGUCCGGGAGAGCCUAAUAAUGCCAAUGGGGAGGAACAGUGUGUCCAGAUGAACAGACAUCAAGGUACUGAUGUAAACAGGUUGAGCUUUCUGUAAAGAAUAUAAUAAAAAUAAUACAAAAUAAACUCCCAUACAACAAUUUUGGUCGCAUAUGCUCCUAAAUAUUUUGCUGUGCGACCUGACAUUUUAUUUUGGGAGCACCGUGUGCCUACAAAAAUAAUCACCCAGAUAAUAAUUGUUGUAAUGAUUAGGCUUCGUUGUCCCGUUAUUUUCGAGUGCCUUAAGAGAAGAAAAAAAAAGUGAGCACAGAUUCGUUACUGUCAUUGUUGCGUCAUUACUACAGCGAAAACGGAUUGUCAGGUUAAAAGAUACUGUAUGACCCAUAUUACCGACGCAAUGUUUUUUUCUUCCGAUCGUGAAUUGGCUAUACGUUCAUUAACUAUUUCGCAGGCUGUACCAAAACCACUCGUUGUUCAGUCAUGUAAAUUCAUUAGCUAGCUAGCCAACUUUAAUUACCAGUAUAUCUAAACAUUUGACGAUAGAAAGGGAAAAAGUAUACUUCUUCAGAAAAUCCAUCAAAUCAACUCAAAUUGUAUUUGUCACAUACACGUGUUUAGCAGAUGUUAUAGCGGGUGUAGCGAAAUGCUUGUGCUUCUAGCUCCGACAGUGCAGUAAUAUCUAACAAAUAAUAUCUUAACAAUUUCACAACAUAUACCUAAUACACACAAAACUAGUAAGGAACGAUCACAUCACUGCAAUGAACUUGACGCUCUUAAAGAGACAGUGUACAAAUGUCGAUGGGAAUGCAUCUCUAUAGGUGGUUCUCUUACACGAUGUAGAAACCAAAAAUUCCACAAAUGACUGUAAUGUCAAUGACCAGGUUUAUGUAUCAACAUUUUAGCUUUUUAUCAGAAACAAAUGUCUUUACAGGGUUAAAAUUAUUAGUUUCUAAGGCACAACAGUAGCUAGAAAUUAAUCUAGUCCCAAUAUAGGCUAUAUCUAAAUCAAUUUAAAAAAUAUUGUUUUCUGGUGCUCCUAAAUUUUAUGUUGUGCUCCUAACUUUUUAAGUUGGGAGCACCAUUCUACCAAUGGAAAACGGUUCAUUUAGAGGCCUCAUCCAACAUAUUCUGUCUCUUGUUUCUCGUAGGUAAUUGGAACGAUGUCAACUGCGCCCGUACCAAUGCAGGUUACCUGUGUAAGAAAUACCCUGGUGAAGACCACACCCCUCCUCCUCCCACCCAACCCUGGACGGGAUACUGCCCAGAGGGUACGGCAGAAACCCAUUAAUCCUUCAGGUGCUGAUUUGUGAAAUGAUCCCCCCCCCCCAAAAAAAAACACAAGCAGUAACCAGUGUAUUUUGUCUGGCUGUUCUAGGAUGGAAACUGUUCCGAAACAAGUGCUUCAUGUUCCAAGGACACAAGCACGGGAUGAAAGGCAACUGGACCUUCGCUCGGAGUUGGUGCAAAAGUAAAGGAGCAGAAUUGGCUGUCAUCGACAAUCAAUAUGAGAACGGUAAUCUAUUAGAAAGAACCCUCACUUUGAAGAUCAAGUGGAUCAAAGUUCCUAUUUUUUUUUUCCCAUGGUGGUUUUACAUUUUGAAUGUCCUCUGUUCUCCAGACUUUGUGUCCAGCUAUCUAAGGGAACUGAAGCGGUCAACAUGGAUUGGCUUGACAGACAGCCUGGUGGAAGGGGGGUUUGGCUGGAGUGACGGUGUGAGUCCGGUGUUGUACACCAACUGGGCCGACAAGGAACCCAACAACGAUGGAGGGCGGGUGAGAAUCAUGCACAGCUCCAAUAUACUUCAGAUGAGGGGUUUUUUGAAGGUCACCGUGAAUGUCAAAAGAUUGUAAGGUUUUUCACCUCACAGACUGGAUGGUUUUAAAACGAGAUAACAGGCUACAAGUUUCACAGAGAUUAGACUUUGACCUGUUGCCUCCCCCAGGAGCACUGCACCGCCAUUACUCAUAACUCCUUGGUGAGCGGACGCUGGAACGAUGACUUGUGCACUGAGGAACAUAGCUGGGUCUGCUCCAUGAAGAAAUGUUAGUGCUGACAAAAAAACAACAACAAAAAAAAACCUCACUCUUUGUAACUUAAUUUUGUUGUUGUUGACCUUUGUUAAAAGUUCUAUAAUUUCAUUCCCGACAGCAAGCAGUAUGGCUCCGCCAGCUCCAACCCCAAACCCCUGCCCCUCUGGCUACGUCUCCUGGUAUAAGAACUGCUACAAGCUGGUGGAGGAGCCCAAGACGUGGGAGGCAGCUCAGCUGGCAUGUGAGCAGGAAGUGGGCAACUUGGCCAGCAUUGACAUGAGCUACGACCAGGCCUUCGUGGCUGGGGCUGUACUCCAGGGCAAGGCAGACGCAUGGAUUGGACUCCGACGCAAGGCACUAGCCAAAUCCUCUUUAUAGAAUUGAACUGGCAUUAAUCACAACAAAGCUCAUUUUCAAGUUGUGUCAUUUCUUUGAUUAUGGUAAGUGGACAGGGUGCUCUUGGUUGAUGGUUUGUUGUAUCUGCAGGAUGAUAGCAGUUCAUAUACCUGGACAGACGGCUGGCCAGUGUUCUUCACUCACUGGGGACCUGGGGAACCUAGCAACCACAAAGCAGAGGGCUGUGUGAGCAUGCAUGCAGACCGCAUCUUCCAUGGAACGUGGAAUGACACCGAUUGCAAUUCUGCCAAGGCCUACAUCUGCAAGAUCACCUCAGGUAGGACCUACAGUGCCUUCAGAAAGUAUUCAUACCCCUCGACUUAUUCCACAUUUUGUUGUUACAGCCUGAAUUCAAAAUGGAUGAAAUAUGUACCCAUCUACCCACAACACCCCAUAAUGACAAAGUGAAAACAUGAUUUUAGAAAUGUUAGCAAAUUUAUUGAAAAUUAAAUACAGGAAUAUCUCAUUAUCUCAAUAUCUCAAGUAUUCACACCCCUCCGUCAAUACAUGUUAGAAUCACCUUUGGCAGCGAUUACAGCUGUGAGUCUUUGCACACCUGGAUUGUACAAUAUUUUCACAUAAUUCUUAAAAACAUUAUUCAAGCUCUGUCAAGUUGUUUGUUGAUCAUUGCUAGACAGCCAUUUUCAAGUCUUUCCAAGUCAAAACUGUAACUAGGCCACUCAGGAACAUUCAAUGUCUUCUUGGUAAGCAACGCCAGUGUAGAUUUGGCCUUGUCUUUUAGGUUAUUGUCCUGCUGAAAGGUGAAUUUGUCUCCCAGUGUCUGUUGGAAAGCAGAAUGAAACCAAGUUUUCCUCUGAGUGGUACUCAGUAAUGUGUUUUGUUAGGUUUGCCCCAAGCAAAAUGCUUUGUAUUAAGGAAAUAAAGUGAAUUUGGUAGCCAAUUUUUUUUUUAGCAGUUUUACUUUAGUGCCUUAUUGCAAACAGGAUGCAUGUUUUAGAAUAUUUUUAUUUAACAUUUUUAUUAAUUUGUAAAACUUUCUAAAAACAGAAUUCCACUUUGAAAUUAUGGGGUAUUGUGUGUAAACCAGUGACACAAAAUAUAUAAGUCUGAAGGAACUUUACAUCUCCACUGCAGCAUAACCCCCUAAGGUUGAUGUCCACGCCCCCGCGGAAAUCUAAUUCGCAUAAUAACAAAAUCCCCAUAGAAAUCCGUCAGUUAUAUGCGUCUCAAUCCACUGCAUCCGCCUAUGUCGCACUUCUGCAUCUGCGGUGAAAGGUGACAAAGCUAGAGCGGUGUUUGUCGGACCAUGAGACAUCCUGAAAAAUCGGGACUCAUUUGACCCCUGUAUGGAAAGACAAGACUCUCGCGAACACGACGGUGUUCUCCGUUUUGCUCUACGACCCCCACAAGUAAUAAUAAUAAUAAUAUGCCAUUUAGCAGACACUUUUAUCCAAAGCGACUUACAGUCAUGCGUGCAUACAUUUUUGUGUAUGGGUGGUCCCGGGGAUCGAACCCACUACCUUGGCGUUACAAGCGCCGUGCUCUACCAGCUGAGCUACAGAGGACCACAAGUGUCUUGGGACUCGUCUGAAGUCAGUACAGACGAUCUGCUCUCUUCUGUCUGUAGCUUCCGGAACAGUUUGGGCUACACACUCUCACGAACAUGUUGGUUGUUUUGCUCUAGGACGCCCACGAGACUCGUCUGAAGGUCCCCCGGUACCAGUUGAUAAAAUGAAUGGAAGUACAUAUGGAGACUGUUUUGUGCCAAAAAUAAGGGGUUAAAUACAUGUAAAAAAUAAUAAUAAAAUCUUUCUUAUAUCUCUAAAAUAUAGGACAGACACUUCAGAACAAACUUCCUUUUAGAUUAUUUUUUGGAGACUAUUUGUUGUUCCAUGUAGUGAAUCUGUUAUUAAAUGCGUUUGAAUAAGCUAAUAGCAGUAAGGCCAAAUAAAAUGUUUAAUCAAAUAUUUGUUUUAAUAUAUAUUUUUUGAUUCUUCAAGGGGUCUUAAAAUUCAAAAUGAAAUAGCAAAAUGAUCUUUGGUAUGACUUUCUGAAAACAAUUCCAUACAGCUUAGUAGAACCCCCUCCCCCGUCUUAGACAGGGCUUAGACUCUGAUGGGAUAAGCAGAAUCAUUUAACUAGCCCACUCAUGACAAGUGUAGUAUAUUUUCCCACAGGUUUCCGAUAAUUGCAGCUUCAAAUGCCACCUGUUUAAAAUACUAAAUAUAUAUAUUUUUUUAUAUACACUCUCUCCUCAGAGUCUCCUCCUCCAACCCCAGCCCCCGGAGAUGGGAAAUGCCUUCAUGGCUGGGUUCCCUAUGGUCGCUAUUGCUACCUUGUACACAACGGGCCCCAGGGAUUCUCCUGGCCAGAGGCCAGACACUACUGCCAAGGAAUGAGAGGAGACCUGGUGUCCAUCCACAGUAGAGCAGAGGUGGAGUUCAUCUUGAAAAUGAACUACACCAGGGUGCACAACGUCUGGAUCGGCCUGACCAGGGACAACAACUGUAAGUGUAUUAUUGAUAUUAGAAGUACAAAUAAAAGCCUGUUAUAUUAACUGAAGUACCCUUUAAAAUAGACCCAUGGAGAAUUCAAUCAAUCAGAUUUUUAAUGUGAAUAAAGGCUUGCUAAAGGGUCAAAAUUCAGCAUAUUGACUUGUCCCUCCACCAACCCUGUGUCACUUCUAGGAAGAUUUCAACCCACUUAAUCCAAACAUUUCUCUAAUGUAAAGCCCUAGUUAUUUUGUUGCUUUGACAAAGUCAUUUAUGAAGAUUAUUAUUUAUUUCAUGUAAUUAGUGAUUAAUUUACAUCUGUCACUCAUUUUAAGGUCAACCCUGUUAUGUGAACUGAACUAUUAUUUUCAAUAUUUUGUUCAAUAGAAACAUUGAACAUCGAAUAGUCAAAUCAUAGUGUAAAAGCAGGUGAGCUGGUUCUACUCUUUCUGGCCAUUUUCUGGUGUUUUGUGGUGGAAAACGGAGCGGGUCGAGCAAAACACGUCAACCCUGUUAUCCAUAGAUAGACAGGCUAGAAAUUAUUCAACAAUUACAUUUGUUUGUGAAGCUUGCAUUCAAUUGCCAUCCCUGUUGCACACAACCAGCUUCCAUUCCCCCUGUCACGAGCGGAUUUAUGGCUGAUUUAAGAUGACAGAGUUACGUGUCAACCCGUGUUACGUGUCAACCCGUGUUACGGUCAACCCUGUUACGGUCAACCGUGUUACUUUAUUUGGCACUUAAUAGGCACUUACUAUAAUAUUAUUUUUUAUUUAACCUCUUGAGAUAGGAAAAUUUAGUUUUUUUAUUAAGUUGAACAUGUGCUGUACAUUACAGAAUUUUAAACCGAGUUACACUUCUUAAAAGGCACCGAAUUGGUGGAACGACCCAAGUACCGUUGUGCACUGACCUAACCUUUCACCAUUAUUGUUUUCUCACCUAAGUGUAUAACAUGAUGCUAAUAUCUGUAACUGUUUCCAGUUGGUUGGAGUUGGACAGACAUGCAGUCCUUGGCUUUCCUGAACUGGGCGCCCAACGAGCCCAACGAAGCCUUCCACCAAGGAGACGUGGGAGGAGAGAACUGUGUCGAGAUGUACCCUGACGGACAGUGGAACGACAACAACUGUAUGCAGAAGAGAGGAUAUGCCUGUCGCCAUCGCCAAUGUGAGUACUCAGUAUAACUGAUACAAGACAGGCACUGGGGUCCAUUUGAUGCAGUAUUUUCAGAUGCUAAUGCCACUGUUAUUUCUCCUGCAGACUACACCACAGAUGACGGUGGUAUAGUCAUUCCCACUGAUGCUCCCCCAGCUAACAGUAAGUUUGCUAUACUAGUUGCAACAUUGAAAAAAAAAAAACAUAGAUCAUUCCCGAAACCAUAGAUCAUCAAAAUAUUCAUUUGUAUUUGUUCCUUUCUUAAAACAGGUGCAGGACUGAUAGCUGGGGCUGUGAUUGGGGCCAUAGUCGUCUUCACCUUGAUAUUUGGACUGCUAUAUUAUGUCUUUAGUAUCAGAGGGGUCAAGCUGAGUGACGUCAGCUUCCCAACAAGAACGGGAAAGAGCGUCGAUGUGGUAAGUGAAUCUUCUGCUGAAGAAACCAUGGCUGUAAUAAAAGAUGGAUGUUCGUGAUGAAUGAAUACAACGAUAUCUAAGAACUGUUUUUGAGACGUGCAUUUUUGAGAGAAUAUGUUUUCUAUUAAUCUCUUUUAAUUCUUAUAAAUCAGUCGGCAACAUAUAAUAUUUUUGUAAUGUGAUGGUAACAUGGCAACGAGAGAGGAAAUAGCUGUUCGCUGUAAACAAAGCAAAUAGCAGGGAUAGUAGCCAUCCUUGGCUAGUUCCUCUUUAGAUAUUGAGAAAUGGGCGAUGUUCAUGUGAGGAGGUUUACAGGGAUUCAUGAACACUCUACCUACAUGUACAUAUUACUUCAAUUACCUGGACUAACCUGUGCCCCCGCACAUUGACUCUGUACCGGUACCCCCUGUAUAUAGCCUCCCUACUGUUAUUACACAUUGACUCUGUACCGGUACCCCCUGUAUAUAGCCUCCCUACUGUUAUUACACAUUGACUCUGUACCGGUACCCCCUGUAUAUAGCCUCCCUACUGUUAUUACACAUUGACUGUGUACCGGUACCCCCUGUAUAUAGCCUCCCUACUGUUAUUACACAUUGACUCUGUACCGGUACCCCCUGUAUAUAGCCUCCCUACUGUUAUUACACAUUGACUCUGUACCGGUACCCCCUGUAUAUAGCCUCCCUACUGUUAUUACACAUUGACUCUGUACCGGUACCCCCCUGUAUAUAGCCUCCCUACUGUUAUUACACAUUGACUCUUACCGGUACCCCCCUUUAUAUAGCUCGCUACUGUUAUUACACAUUGACUCUGUACCGGUACCCCAUGUAUAUAGCCUCCUACUGUUAUUACACAUUGACUCUGUACGGUACCCCCUUGUAUAGAGCCUCCUACUGUUAUUACCAUUGACUCUGUACCGGUACCCCCUGUAUAUAGUCCUCCCUACUGUUAUUACACAUGACUCUGUACCGGUAUCCCCUGUAUAUAGCCUCCCUACUGUUAUUACACAUUGACUCUGUACCGGGUAUCCCCCCUGUAUAUAGCCUCCCUACUGUUAUUACACAUUGGACUCUGUACCGGCUACCCCCUGUAUAUCGCCCUCCCUACUGUUAUUACACAUGAACUCGGUACCGGUACACCCGUAUAUAGCCUCCCUUUGGUCUUACACAUUGUACCCCCCUGGUAUUAGGUAGCCUCCCUUAUAUUAGCCUCCCUAUUUAUUACACAUUGACUCUGUACCGGUAUCCCCUGUAUAUAACCUCCCUACUGUUAUUACACAUUGACUCUGUACCGGUACCCCCCUGUAUAUAGCCUCCCUACUGUUAUUACACAUUGACUCUGUACCGGUACCCCCUGUAUAUAGCCUCCCUACUGUUAUUACACAUUGACUCGGUACCGGUACCCCCUGUAUAUAGCCUCCCUACUGUUAUUACACAUUGACUCGGUACCGGUACCCCCCUGUAUAUAGCCUCCCUACUGUUAUUACACAUUGACUCGGUACCGGUACCCCCUGUAUAUAGCCUCCCUACUGUUAUUACACAUUGACUCUGUACCGGUACCCCCUGUAUAUAGCCUCCCUACUGUUAUUACACAUUGACUCUGUACCGGUACCCCCUGUAUAUAGCCUCGCUACUGUUAUUACACAUUGACUCUGUACCGGUACCCCCCUUGUAUAUAGCCUCCCUACUGUUAUUACACAUUGACUCUGUACCGGUACCCCCUGUAUAUAACCUCCCUACUAUUAUUUCCCAUUGACUCUGUACCGGUACCCCCUGUAUAUAGCCUCGCUACUGUUAUUACACAUUGACUCUGUACCGGUACCCCCCUGUAUAUAGCCUCCCUACUGUUAUUACACAUUGACUCUGUACCGGUACCCCCUGUAUAUAACCUCCCUACUAUUAUUUCCCAUUGACUCUGUACCGGUACCCCCUGUAUAUAGCCUCUCUACUGUUAUUUCCCAUUGACUCUGUACGGUACCCCCCUGUAUAUAGCCUCCCUACUGUUAUUACACAUUGACUCUGUACCGGUACCCCCUGUAUAUAGCCUCCCUACUGUUAUUACACAUUGACUCUGUACCGGUACCCCCCUGUAUAUAGCCUCCCUACUGUUAUUACACAUUGACUCUGUACCGGUACCCCCUGUAUAUAGCCUCGCUACUGUUAUUUUACUGCAGCUCUUUAAUUAUUUGUUUUUUUAUUUACAUUUUUUUAUUUUUUUCACUUAUCUAUUUUAAUUUUUUACUUAACACUUAUUUUUCUUAACUGCAUUGUUGGUUAAGGGCUUCACUGUAAGGUCUACUACACCUAUUGUAUUCGGCGCAUGUGACAAAAUUAAAUUUUGAUUUGAAAUGUUAAAAUUCAGGCUGAAUCUUCCUUUGUUCUUCUAUUGCAGCCUGCUUUUAACAACCCCAACUUUGGAGGAGAAUCGGAAACAUGAAGCAUUGGAUCUGGAUCAGUUUUUGAAUGUUUGUAAUGAAUCGCGAUUGCCACACUUUCUCUUGUAUAAGAGAUCACCAUCUCAAUAACUUAGGUCUGUUUUAAUAAACCAUGAAUACAACGAUAUCUAAGAACUGUUUUUGAGACGUGCAUUUUUGAGAGAAUAUGUUUUCUAUUAAUCUCUUUUAAUUCUUAUAAAUCAGUCGGCAACAUAUAAUAUUUUUUUGAUUGAUGCUUGUUGUUGUAUAUAUCACACUACAUUAGCAAUAAAAUCACUUUUCUGAAACAAAUUGGGCUGCCACGACCACCGGAGAUUUCAUAUAUCUGCCAAAUGGCAAAGCUAUUUUACGAUAAUGUAUGAAAUAGUAUUAUUUACUGUUGUAUUUAAUGUAUUGAUAAUGCACUAUUUUCUAAAAGAGGUUUGAAUAAAAUAAAAUACACUUUUAAUACUAUUUCUAAAUGUAUUGCGUGCCGGAGACCUUUUCAAAUGUGUCUGUGGCUGAAAAUAUCGUAGUUAUAUUUUCCCCUGAUUUUACUUUUGUAAAACCGAUAAAUAUAAAACAAACAUGUUUGAAGAUAUGUUUUAUGUUUGCUCAGAUUAGAAUAUUGUGUAUUGAAUACUGAAUUUAUAUAUUAUAAUAAUAUAUAAUAUUGAAUACUCUAUCAAGAGAAUAUUCACUUGGUGUUCUAUUCUUCUAACUGCUAUGGUAUAGAAAUAUCCUUGAUGUAUUCAACUUUUCACUGCUGGUAUAGUGACUUGCCAAUUUUAAUAGAGAAAGUACAAAUUGUUUUGUAAAUUAAUAUGAGAUCAUACACUGUAUGCUGUUGCUUGUGUUGUGCUUUUAUUAAUCAUUUGAAUCUUUUAAAAGUACACUACAUGGCCAAAAGUAUGUGGACACCCCUUCAAAUUAGUGGAUUUGGCUAUUUCA